GCGCGUCCCUGCUUCCCCACCCACACCAAGAGGUUGGCCACUGGGGACCGACAGACAUACAGACAGUCGGACGUGCUGGCCAAGCUGCCGGGUGGAGUGCGGGAGGGGGUGGAGCCGCCGGGGAGGGGCGGUCCGCAGAGCGGAGCUCAGCCUCCCGCUCCCUUCAGUGCUUGGGUCUCUGGGGGUGACACCAAAAGCUUUCGCUCAGUGUCCUGUGCCUGGCGGCGGGUGUCGAUCGUGGAGGCGGAGGGUAGCCGGGCAGGUGAAGGGCGCCGCCUGAAGCAAAAGGAGAGACGAGCUGGGAGCUGGGCUGCGGGAGGCGCUGCCGCCACUCUGCCCGCGCUGCCCCUCAACCUGCGGCGGGAGGAGCAGGGAGCAGCCGGCCCUUUGCGCUGGUCUAGCAGAGCACAGCGGGCAGCGCGGACCCCCGGGAUGCUGCCGACGUUGCUGCAGCCGCCGGCAGCGUAACAGAGUCGAGCCUGCUGCUGGGAGAGGCUGAACAAAGCUGGGUCUCAAUCGCGCUUCCUGCUUGUCAGCCUCUUGCCUCCCAAACGCUUACUGUUUCCAUUUGAUGUCAUCACGCAGAAAGGGGUGAAAGGGACGCGUGACAGAUUCAGAAAUUAGCACACGUGUGAAUACUGGAUGCCCUGUGAGCUUGCUGAUUCCCUGUUGACCUUGAGAAGAGGGAUCCAGAGUGGCGACAUUUGAGAACCAGCUUUUCCACCUUCCUGUUGGCCCUGUCCUUUGGCUCUUGGUCCACGAUGGAGACACUCUCCCAGGAUUCCCUGCUGGAAUGUCAGAUCUGUUUUAAUUAUUACAGCCCCCGACGAAGGCCCAAGUUGCUGGAUUGCAAGCACACCUGCUGCUCAGUGUGCCUCCAGCAGAUGAGGACCAGCCAGAAAGACGUAAGGUGCCCUUGGUGCCGUGGCAUCACCAAGUUGCCCCCGGGCUUCUCUGUAUCACAGCUGCCCGAUGACCCCGAGGUCUUGGCAGUCAUCGCCAUACCACACACUUCUGAGCACACCCCAGUCUUCAUCAAACUUCCAAGCAAUGGGUGCUACAUGCUGCCCCUGCCCAUCUCUAAGGAGCGCACACUCCUGCCAGGAGACAUGGGCUGCCGCCUGCUGCCCGGGAGCCAGCAGAAGUCUCUCACCGUGGUGACCAUCCCUGCAGAACAGCAGCCCCUGCAGGGUGUAGCUCCCCAGGAGGCUGUGGAGGAGGAGGAGCCCGACAGACGGGGUGUGGUGAAGAGUUCCACAUGGUCUGGUGUGUGCACUGUCAUCCUGGUGGCCUGUGUUUUGGUCUUCCUCCUGGGCAUUGUGCUACACAACAUGUCCUGCAUCUCUAAGCGCUUCACUGUGAUAUCCUGUGGUUGAAGCCUUUCACAGGGAUGCCUCUUGCAGGUGCCAACUUAGGGGGUGAGCAGGUGUUGGUGAUGGGAUCCCUGUGAUGAGAUGGGGGUGACACUGAGCAUUUGGUGCAAGCGCUGGCCUGUAAUUGGCCACUUGAUUCACUUAAAGACACAGGCAGAGGGUGAGGUCUCAGCAAGAUCCCAGGAGAACAGUUUGGAGAUGGUGACAACUAUGAAGAUGUUUGCAUGCUUCCUCAUAAUUGUUUAUCCAAUGGGUUGUAAUUUAUGAUUUUCCAAAAUCAUGGUCCCAAGUUAGACUUUUCUACCUAGACAUGAAACUGUACAUGUGGGUGCAAUAGCUCUCUAAAUAUGGUAGAUGGUAGGUUAAAACAAAUGCUGUGUACGCAAGUAGAAUUAAACCUCAAAUCCAUGUUUAAAAAACAAAAACAGUGAAGACCUAGAGCUGGCUCCUGUGUGUGCAUGUGUGUGUGUGUGCUCACACAUGCGUGGGCACAUGUGUGUGUGUGUGUGUGUGUGUGUGUGUGUGUAUGUGUGUGUGUGUGACUAAACCCUGGUCUUCAUAAACUUUUUUAUAUGUUUUGAAUGGCACCCAAAUCAAAAUAAUCAAAACAGACCUUUUGGGUGUUUGAAGAAAAUAUUUGCACACAUGUCUCCAAGGUGUUGUGCUUUGUCAAGUUCCUUCAUUUCUCUUCAUCUGUGAUUUAAGCUUGUUAAGCUGGAAACCCAAGAGGCGAGUGAUGGACAAGGAAAUAUGGGCAAUGCCUAAUUCCCCAAGAAACCUAUAUGCCAAUCUUUCUCAAGCCAUCUCACAAGAUAAGGAUUUAAAAUGUAAAUAUUGUGAAUUUCUGUGUGUAUUUUGUGUGUGUAAUUUGAUUUAUCUCAGGUUUUUGAGUUUUUCCUGAAGAAUCCUGGGAGUAAGACUUUGUGGGCUUGCAUAAGCCAAGUACCUAAAACACCUGCCUACUGGCAGGUGCCUGGAUCUUUCCCCUUCUGGAAUCCCCACACAUCACCUCCAACAUCCACUUGCACUUUGCUGUGUGUGUGUGUGUUUAAAGGCUUGGACAGAGCGUCAGAAGAACUCAUCAUUUUCCCUCAGUUUAGAGGGCUUUGUGUGAAAGUCACAAAUGUUGCUAAUCAAUGGCACACCUAGAUGGGCAUUGUAAUAGACAGUCUUUGAUGAUUUUUUCUUUGAAAGAUUUUCCUGUAAUAGUUAACCUGCUUAGAAUUCAAUUUCAUCUUGUUGGAACCAGCAAGAAAAUGUUUUGUAUUUCAAAUGUUUCUACUGCCAAAAGUAGUAUGGUGAACAAAAAUUCAUGUUCUCAAUGUAAGUGAACCAGUUUCUCAUGAGUGCUCAACUAUUUUUAAAUGUGAAUUAAUGAAGAAAGAUCUGUUAAAAGGAGCAAUCCCUGAUCUGGUUGUGUGUGCAUUUGGAAAGAGUUGGGAACACUAUAGUCCUCUUUGAACUCUGUUUGUGAAACGAAUGAUGUUUGUCAAGGACUCCACUCAGCUGUGUUCCUCUCUGCUGUUCUAUUGAGUCCCUGAAAUGGUGUGAAGGGUGGGAAAGGCAAAGGAAAGGAAACAGUGGCAUAGGCUCUAAGCAAGGUCAGAAGCAGCCCUGGAACAUGGAGGCAUGAUUGGCAUGCUAGCCUUCAUCUUUAAGCUGCACAACAAACGUGUGCUAAAGUGAUGACUUUGCAGUGAAAUAAAACAAAGGAAUAACAUCUAGAGUACAAUGCUAACAAUUGGCAUGAAAAUUCAACAUCAAAUUAUGAGCUCUGGUUUUAAAAAUCUUUCAAAUUUGUAAGACCUUUAGAAAAAAAAUGUAUCCGAGGGCUCACACUAGAAAUUAGGUUAAAAUACCAUUUUAUCAUGUAAGCUAUUGGGCAUUGUACAACGAAUAAUCUAGGAUUUAUUUGGUAUUAAUAAUUUAGGUAUCAUUAGCUGAAUACUAUCCUUUAUUAUGUAACAUAAUAUACUGUUGGGUUAGCGUCAAUUUCUCAAACUCUCAGGCUGCUCUAAUGCAUGUCUGACCCACUUUCUAUUUAUCUUGGAGGAGAAAACACACAUAGAAAAAAUGUUGCAUAAAUAAUGUUAUAUUUCCAAUGGAUGUUACUCUUGCAAUUUUAAGCCAGGCCAUAUUUAAAUUCAUUUGUGAGAGAUACCAGUAUACCUUUCUGUACAGUAGAAAAUGAUUGAUCCUAUAGUACAGUGUGUGAAAAUGUUCUAGUUGUUUAGGAGGUUAUUUAUAGAUACUAACAUGUGUGUUGAUAUGGUGUCCUGUGGUUUUUAUUGCAAAGCUGUAUAGUAAAAUUAUCCACAGAACUCUUAAAAAGUCCAUGUUAGAGCUGUAAUUAAGCAAAAUCGAUCUGCUCCCUGGUAGACUCUUGACCUUACAACCUGACAGUAACAACCCAAGUCAAAGCUUUUUUAUGUAUACUUGAUCUAAGAGACAUUAUUUAAAACUGUUGAAGUGGAUUCUGCCUAUGGUUUGCAUAUGUGCUUUUUAGGGUGUGUGUGUGUGUGUGUGUGUGUGUGUGUGUGUGUGUGUGUUAGAGGAGGGGGCGAGGAGGCCUGCCAACUUCUAUAUACUUGAUGUUUCAGUUUCUUCUGGAAUUUACUCACAACACUAAUAAUGUAUCUAUCCCAUGUGGGACAAGCAGUCAGGACUUAAAGCCACAUGCUAGUGGCAGGGACAGCAGUUAUAGCUGAAAAGAGGCCCUAGUAGCUUCAUCUUGCAGAUGAGCUCAUUGGGGUAUUGCAAUAGUGUGCAAGUUGUAAUUCUAUAGUGAGAAGACAAGACCUGUACCCUGCUGUGCCAUGUUAUUCCUCCCUAGACAGAUCACCUUCUCUGUCGGGCUAGGAUCCUUUACAGGGUCUGGGAAUGACCUUUGCUAUGUCAGCUAUUGCUUUAAGGGUUGUUUCAGAGAUUAAUUUCUUUUUAGAUAGCUUCCUUUUGGGGAAGGAAGGGGGGGAUUGGUUUAGGGAUGAAUAUAGAUAUUGAAAGAAAACUUUCAAAAUAUGUGAUUCAAAUAUUUAGAAGUGUAAAACAUCAGCCAGGAUCCUGCCCCCCAUAUGUCAAGGAUGAUGAGUGUUGUGUAAAUAGUAACCUAUAAGAAGCAUGAACUUUCUCUUUAUUAAUGAUCUUGACAUAAGCAAGAGAAUGCUUACUGUGUUAAGUAGAGCCAAGUAUGGCACUUCAUACGUCGUCUUUAGAAAAAUUUUGUAUAAUGAAUGACCUGGGACAUAAAUUGUGAUGACAAAGGCAAAUUAGUUCUGAAUUUCAGUCACACCUUAUUACAGGAAGGUCUGAGGCUUUUUUCUUUCUUUCGUUCUUUCUUUCUUUCUUUCUUUCUUUCUUUUUUUUUUUAAGAAAUAGAAUUAAAUUUCACCCUCUGCAUUAUUCACAGAGUGGGUCCUUGGAGUUUCAGCAGUAUAUUAGUUCAGCUCUUCGAAUUUUCUAGGUCAGUCCUGUUUGAUAGAACUUUUGGGGUUGAUGUUAACUGUUCUGUAAUUGUUCAGUGUUGUUUAGUAGAGUGGCCACUAGCCACAUGGCUGUGAAGCAAGUCCAUGGGGAUGACUGAAGAAGUGACUUUUAAAUGUUAUUUAAUUUUAAGUAAUUUAAAGUUAAAUAAUCCCAUAUGGCUUGUGAAUACAUUGGCCAUAAUGACAUCGGGAAGUUGACUAGUAAUAGUUUGCCAAAAGAAAUUCCUUUCUAACUUAAAGAAGCUUAUGGGCUCCAAAGGGGAUAGGUGGUAAUAAAAUAUCAUCCAUUGCCCUUUGGGGUUAUUGCUUAGAUACUUUGGACCAAGGAAUGAGCAGUGAGGCUUAACUUUAUUAAAGAGAACUUUAUUAGCUGCAUGUGAAUCUAUUGUCCAAAGCUCAUAGAUAGACAGUAGCUGUAAAAAUUUUGACUUGCAAGCCAUGCAUGACCUGUGCUGUGAAACUGUGUGUAGGGUCUUGUGGCCAAAAAAGAGUCAAUAUUUCAGAAAAUCAAAUAAAUAAGAGUCUGAUGAAAUCCCCGUUCACUUCUGAUCUCUUUCCUGACUGCAUCACUCACUGCAUCAGUGGGUGUGAAAUCCACGACCAAGCAUGCAUUGCGGUAUUAACAGUGUUUUUAUUUGCCCUUGAAGUCAGCCAGUUUGUCAUGUAUUUGGUGUGGGCAUAUGUGGGCACCAGGCUGGAAUGAGGCACUACUUUUAGAGUGAGAUGACAUUGUUGAGUGUCUCUCUUUUUAAAUUUAGUUAUCUUUAAAAGGUUUGAAAGUUUGCACAAAGGCACUUUUUACAUUUUUCAUAGUUAAGAAAAGCAAAACAUUCCUCAGUGGGCUUUAGAAACUGAAAGGAUAUUAUGGCUGUUCUGUAGAGUAAGCAAAGUGGAGUGGAGAGUCCAGCUCAAGAGACAUUCCGAAUAAAACUCAGACUAUAGCCAAUGGUCUGGCACCCUUCCCUGCUUAGAUUUUGAUUUAAAGUUCUCCUGUCCCUUCCUUUGAAAACCUGUGCUGGGUCAGAAUUCCCUAGCCUUCUUCUUCAUUGCUCUCUGCCCAAGUACAAUGGAAACCAACUCUGUUUGCUUUGAUGGAACAGAAUUUGGUUGAGUUUCCAAUUCUGCAGCCGUUCAAUAGAGAGUACUUUUCUUUGAGGCUGGUCUUCAACUUGCUGGCCAAUUGGUGUUUUCUUAAGACUUAUGUAAGUUAGGAAGCUGACAGUGAUUCAUAUGCUAUGGGUGAUACACCCAGACAACAACAAAACUCCUUUCUCCUUAGAAGAAUGAUGUUAUGGACCAGGUAACUUUCUGGAACCACACCAGAAGUUGUCCAAUUCAUACCUGGACCUAGAUGGAGAAAUUGCUUCUUGACAUUUCUACCAUAAUCAGUAAAAUAUCAUCUGAAAAGUUAUUCUCAAACAGACAGAAAUUCCAGGCAAGAGUGGGAUCUUCAAGAGAAUUUACUCAUGGUGUCUAUUUGAAAGAAAUAGUUGCUGGAUCUUUCUCAACCUGAAACUCUUGAAAAAUAAGUGGAAAUUCAAGCCAUUUUUUUCUGAUACAAUUGACUUAGCACACACACACACACACACACACACACACACACACACUUCAGCUGUAAUUGGAGUUAACAUAAAGUAGAAAAGAUCAGCAUGAUUUUCUCAUCCAUGGAUCACAAAAUGCUGAAUUUAUAUAUUAAUUUUUAAACAGCUGCUAUGAGCUCCAUAUACCAUGUCAAACCAUCAGCUCUAUAUACCAUGUCAAACCAACUACUUUGGGGAAUGUCUUAAACUCUUAAGACUUCUCCACUUAUAAAGAGGUGGGUACUCUACCACUGAUCACUGACACAUUGAGCAAACAGAGCAUUUGAUUUCUGAAUUCUAAAUAGCCUUCCUCUCUUUCUUUCCUUCCUGCUCUGUCUCUCCCUUUCUCCCUUUCUCCCUUUCUCCCCCCCUUCUCUCCCUCCUCUCUCUCUCUCUCUCUCUCUUUCUUUCUUUCCUCUUUUGGUUCCUGUUAUAGUUCAAGAUUGUAAACCACUAUCUCUGAGAUAUUCCAUUCUGAAUCAGUUUCUCUAAGCACUUCCCUUGUCUUGCUUGCUCUGGCCAAUCGUCUUUUGAUUUUUCCCUAUUCACUGCCUGGGUAUCCCCACAUAUGCAUCUCACACUGUAGUGGUGCUUGAAAAUGCUUAUCCCAUAUAUCUGGAGUUUAAUCUAAGAAAGGGUUUUAAAAUAUACUAUACUAAAUAUAAAAGGCCCUAUAGUGGGCCUUUCUCUUUGUUUCUUACAGACUUACAUCCUGGAUCUUUCCCUGUUGUCCCAGAUCACUGUUAUGAAUGCCUUCCUAGAUGGAGAGCUGUAGCCCUCCAUUACAGGAGACUAGACAGUCUCCUGUAAUCUCCCUGCCCAAUGACUUACUGUGUUAUUCUAACAGGAGCUUCUCAAAGGGACUAGGAACUCUUUAACUUAGCAUUUGCUUCUUGAGAACACAGUAGUAAGUGGUUGGAUAUACUGGUGGCAAGGAAAUGUGAAGUAGAAAGAAAAGAGAAACAGAUGUGACAGAUGUCCUUCAGGGAACAACUUGAUACCUAUGUUAUCUCCAUUUGAACAAUAAGAGAAGGCAGUGGCUGUUGUUGUAUACUGUGUUGGCUAGGUGGACUUAGACAAUCCAUUGUCAAGGAGCCCACCUGAAUGAAUGGUAGACACAAAGCCCUGAGCUCUGAAUAGAUAGGCAGAUAUGCCCAGAGAAGAAAUGAAAGUGUAAUGGGAUUAUGGUUUCAAAAAAAAAAAAGACUUGCCUCUAUAUGUCAGCUCUGGUAGAAGUCAAUUGAAGACAAUGAUAUGUGACCUAGGAUGCCUUCAUCAGUCCCAACCAUUCCAUCAGGGAUCACCUGAUUCACAAAACUGCUUAAGUUGAAGACACAAAUAGAAGGUGCUUGGCUGAUGAGGAGAUUUCCAAGGAGUUCUCGUCUUUCCUGUUAUCCUUUCAGAUGCUCUUGGGUUAUCAGGGCUGUAGAAAAUUCCAGAGCCUGCUUAUAGAGUUGGCCAUGGAGUGCAUAUAAGUGAACCCUAGUUCUCUCUUUGCUGUGGGAAAGCCCUAGUUCAAUCAGUGUGCUGUGACGUGGGUACUACUGUUGGAAAACAAUAGUUCAAUAAUGGUAUGCUUAUGUUCUGGCUGCUGCCAUUAUUAUAUCUAUAGAUUUUACCACUUGUAUAGAUGGCCUCACUUGAUGGUUAUAGCUGUGGAAAUUGCCAGCAGCCUAGGGAAGUUGGCCACAAACUCCCAACAGAGGACAUAUGUAACCACCGCCAUGUUCCUUCCCAUUCUUAAAGCCCCACAUGUGGGCUUUCUGGUCUUGUGUAACACACUGCAAUCAAAUGGUGAGAUUAGUGCUGUUCUGAGGCUGAUAAUUCUAGUUACCGACUUGUUUCAUUUAUAAUAAUGGAGACUAUUUAUUUGGGGGAGCUUUUCUUUGAAAGGGCCAAAUUGCCCUACAGAUAAAUGAGCUACCAGGCAGUGUAGAAAUUCUUGUCCAAAUGUUGCCAAAUACUGACUUCAUAGGGGAUAUCAAGCUGCUGUUUAUUAAUCUGAAUGUCUUAAAAGCCUUCCUGCUUGCUCUCUCUGUUAUAGAUGGUGUCUUAGCCAGUCCCAAGUUUUUCCAAUGAACCUGAUUUUAAUACAUGGUAUUUUUGUAUGCCAAACUGGUGUCUUGUCCUUUGUAUAUGUGGUAAUGUUCAUUUUACGACUACUGUUAAAACACAUUUGCUAUGAUUAAAAUUCAAAAUGAUUUCAAGUAGA